AUGCAUCAUGAAAAAAGUUCGGCUUCAGCUUCCAUUGCCCUCCAAUCCACCCCCGUGUGCCUGCGACAGCCAUCCAUGAGCUCUGCUCACUUGUGCGUUCGCAAUGUGCUAACACAGACAUUCCGUCUGCCCGUCUCGAGAUCCAAUGCCCCGAGCAUAACUGCCCUCCCCGAUUUCCUUGUUCCUGCACUCUCUCGCCCCCGUCGCCGCCCCUUCUCCUCCGCAAAACGUCGCCGUGACCACGAUGAAGCUCAAACAACGUCCCAUACGGUAGCACCCGAGCGGCUCGAUGCCGUUAUUUCUGGGCUACCCCAAAAGCCACUACCCGAGCCUAUCAAUCGUGGCUUGCCGUAAUCGAUCCUUUUCUCCCUCCACGCCUACGACGCAACCCUUCAAACGAUCCCGAUAAAUCGUCUUC